AUGGCGCCGAAGCUCUCUGAAGAGGAGAUCGAUGAUCUCAUCUACUUGGCACGGGCCGGCGAGGAUGCAGAGCUCACCCAGCUGCUCAUGGAGCUGGCGGAUCGGGAGAAGGUCACUGUCGCAGAGGUGCUAGAGGCGGCCAGGGACGACGGCCAGGCGACGUGUCUGCACAUGGCAGCUGCAAAUGGGCAUUCGAAAACCGUUACACACAUCCUCUCGCAGUUGCCUGCGUCCACAUUCGCUCCCCCAGCCCCUUCAAGCACAUCCCCCUCAGCAGAAGACUCCACCUCCUCCUCCUCCUCACAGCCCAAAGCCUCCUACAUCAACCUCCCCAACAGCUACGGCAACACGGCGCUGCACUGGGCCUGUCUGGGUGGCCACCUGGACACGAUCAAGCUGUUGCUGUCGCGGGGGGCCAACCCCACCGUCGCCAACGACAAGGACCAGAUCCCCCUGGACUGCGCGGCGUUCAACAACCACAUGCACGUCGUGGAGCACUUCCUGAGCCAGAGCCGGCAGAAGGAGGAGGAGAACGCCAAGGAGGGUGGCCUGGAGCAGGCCGCGGUGGACAUCAAGAUGCAGGACGGUGAUGAGGAGGUCGAAGAGGCGGCCGAGAAGGCGGGCAGCUCUGCGUAA